CUCCUCCUCCUCCUCCUCCUCCUGACCACCACCACCACCACCAUGUUGGCCAAACAACCCUACAGCUUCAUCCAAAGCCAAAAGCCAGCCCCAAGACCCCUCCAGGAGAAGCUCACCCACCUGCGUUUCUUCUGGCACGACAUAUUAAGCGGUCCCGACCCGACCGCCGUGCAGGUGGCCAAGGCUGCAUCGACGAACGCAUCAAGCAGCUUCUUCGGCCUGGUCAACGUGAUCGACGACCCACUGACGGAAGGCCCCGCGAUGGCUUCCAAGCUCGUCGGCCGGGCGCAGGGAUUCUACGCGUCGGCCUCGCAGGAAGGUCUAGGCCUGUUGAUGGCCAUGAACUUCGCAUUCAUGGAUGGAAAAUACAAUGGCAGCACGAUCACCAUUCUGGGCCGCAACGCGGUGUUCACGGCGGUAAGGGAGAUGCCGGUGAUCGGCGGCAGCGGGCUGUUCCGCUUGGCCCGUGGCUACGUCCAGGCCAAGACCCAUAAUUUGGACAUGACGACUGGGAAUGCGGUGGUUGAGUAUAAUUGCUUUGUCUUCCAUUAUUGAGCUCCUUUGGUCUUCAUUAUUUGAGGUGCAUCCACUUUUCUUUCUUUCUGUCCUAAUGUGUUGUGUGGUGGCCAACAUCCUUUUGACUAGCAUGCUAUUGUCAUUGAGUGGCUAGCUUUGUAUUCUUCCUCUUUCAAAUAAGAAAAGUAGAAUUGUGGAUGUAAA